GGACGGCGAGCAAGUUCUUCGAGGAAACCACAAUAUGGCUAUGAUACCUACCACCUACAGUGAAAAGGAUAAUGUCUGGAGCGGAGCCAAGCGCAACUCCAUGUACAACUAUGAUUCCUCCGUGGGCAAAAUCAUUUUCAACAACAUGAGGAACUGGCCCAAAAACGUUUGUCAGAUUUGUGAUAUUGAUGGAGUAACAGUCACCUUCGAGCAGGGAUUAACGUGGGCUAUUCGGAUUGCCCAGUACCUUAAAAAGAGAGGUCUUAACCACAAGGAUGUUAUUGGCAUUGCGGCCAAGAACUCAACAUAUGUAAUGCCCCUUGGAGUGGCCUGCCUGAUGAACGCCACUCCUUUCCACUCGGUUAAUCCUAUGCUAGAUGAUGGAUCUUUAACCCAUGUCUUCUCGAUCACCAAGCCAACUCUGGUUUUCGUCGAUGGACACGAAUACGAUAAGAUUCAUAAGGCAACUAUUGGAUGGCAUCCGGAAAUCUUUACCCUAUCCGAUCAUGUUGAAGGAGUCCAGAGCAUUGAGACCCUGCUGGAUCCAACAACCACUGAAAGGAUGUACCAACCAGAAGUUCUAAAGGAAGGUGGCGAUCAAACCGUAGCCAUCCUGUGCUCCUCUGGAACUACUGGACUGCCUAAGGCCGUCUGCAUUUCCAACAGCAUCCUGAUACAGGACAGCAUGCUAAUCACGAGCCAAUCCGUGGUUUAUGUUGGAAGCUGCCUGGACUGGAUCACCGGUUUGUGGGCCUUUGUCUUCAGCACUGUUUUUGGAUGCACAAGGAUCAUUAGCAACAAAGCCUUUACCCCCGAGUAUUUCGUAGGUCUGGUGAAGAAGUACAAGAUCAACUAUGCCGUGCUCCCACCUCGUCAUCUAUCCGCGCUAAUCGCUUGCCCAGAUGCCAAGCCGGAAGCCCUGGCAUCAAUUUCGAACCUUAACUACGGCGGUGGAUCGCUUUCCCUAGCCACUCUGCAGCGAUCGCAGGAAAUCUGCAAGGCUGCCAUGUUUAACUCGGGAUACGGAAUGACAGAGGUGGGCGCCAUCACGAUCAAUAUUGGAAUCAGCAACGUCUCCUCGGCGGGCAGACCAGUGCCGGGACUAAAGAUUCGGAUCGUGGACGAGGAUGGCAAGAACCUGGGAUACAACGAUGUGGGCGAGAUCUAUGUGCACACGGGUCAGGCCUGGAAUGGGUACUACGGCAAUCCCGUGGAGUCUCGGCGCAUGCAGGACUUCGAAGGAUGGUUUCACACCGGCGAUCUAGGCUACUUCGAUGAGCAGAACUUCCUCUACAUAGUGGACCGCAAGAAGGAGAUCCUCAAGUACCAGGGCCUCCACUACUGGCCCACCGAGAUCGAGGGUGUCAUCUCGGAGCUGCCCCAGGUGCAGGACGUCUGUGUUGUGGGCAUCUACGACGAGCGGGAGGGCGAUGCGGCCGGGGCUCUGGUGGUCAAGAGCAAGGGAGCCACCAUUUCUGGCAAGGAGAUAGCUGACCACGUGGCCAAGCGACUUCCCGCCUUGCAGAAGCAGCUGAGAGCCGGAGUCCAGUUCACCAACAAACUGCCCGCCAAUGUCAAUGGCAAGACGAUGCGCAAGACGGCACGCGACGUAUUCAUCGCCCAGAGCGGAACGGGAAAGUGAGGUCUCAACGAUCCACCCAAUAGUGUAUAGUUUUAAUCACAAGUGCUGGGAGAUACUUCAGAAUUAUGGCUGAAGUGCUCUGGUUGAAGGGGGCUUUCGACUGUGAGGUGACCUUUGGAUCCCAAUAAAUUGAGUUGUACCUACAAAGACAA